CAAGUAGACCUACCAUCUAGGUUGCAUGACUCUACAUCGGCGCCUGGUUUCGGAACCCAGACAAAUCUGCAUGUUGCCGGGCAUACUCUCGGAAAUCUGUGCACAUCCAAUGGCCUGCCUUUUUUCUCGCCUAGUGGCCAACAAUGGGUCAAGUCAUGCACCGGGGAAGACGUGGAUCAGGCCUAUUUUUCUCCCCAGCCAUCGGUAUCCUAUGAGGCCGCCUCUUCGGGCGCCUUACAGCCGUUGAUGCUCCCGGACAAGGGCAUUCUCCAUAAUUUACUUCAUGAAUGGGAGGCUCAAAUCUUCUCCCUGCUCUUUCCCUUCAUCAACCGAGAAUUCUUCCACUCUACGAUUGAUGCCGCCUACCAUGGCAGAACGUCCACCAUAUCCCCCGGGACUGCUAGUGCUAGGGCCUGUGUCUAUGCGUUUACGGCACUGUGUCUAUCAAUGUCUCAUCAGGUGUCUGGAAGUGACUUGAUGAAUGCGGAAGAUUAUAUUAACGAGGCUUUUGGAUUGCUGCCUUCCAUGUUUAUGGACUCUUUUACCAUCGACGGUUUACAGACAUUGGCGAUGCUGGUCAUCUGCUCUUUUGCCAUGCUGGGCAAUGUACAUCUCGUCGAACUAGCGCUGUCAUCGGCCAACCGAUUCAUCAUCCAUCUAAAGGGCCACCUUGCUCCAGUUUAUACGAAUCAGGAGCAAUUUAGACGGGACUCGCAUAUCCGAAAUCUGUUCUGGGUCUGUUUCCUAUUCGACAAAGAGUUCAGCUUGCGGACUGGCGAUCUGCCAUGCAUCGACGACAAUCUCUGUGACCUGACUCUCCCCGCAGACACAUCCGAGGGCUCCUCUCCAGAGUUCGUUGCAUGCCUACGCAUCGCCGUUCUCCAAUCCCAGAUCUACCGCGGUCUCUACUCCGUGCCCGCCCUGCGCCAGACAGACGCCCAGCUACUCGGCACAAUUCGGGAUCUCGACAACGCCCUAGAAGUCUGGCGAUCGUCCGUCCCCUUCAGCAAUCGCCCACGAUUCAACGACCGAGACUCCCACGCUCUCAGCACCCCCGACACCAUCUUUCAACUCCAAUACCUCUACUGCAUGACCAUGAUCCACCAAGCCAGCGGCCGCUGCUCCUCCUGGGUCCAAAACAAAGACACGUCCGAAGCGGGAUCAAGCCUCGCCAUCAGCGUCGAAGCAAGUCGCUCGUUGCUGCAGAAACUCCUAGACGAUCGCCUCCAUCUGGAUCGGAAUAACCUGCGAUUUUGCCUCCCCUAUUUUAUAACUGCCAUUUGCCACAUUUUCUGCAACAUUCUUCUCAAGCCCGUGGCGCACAGCAGCCGGGAUGAUCUACAUCUCAUAGUCUCCGUGCCUAGGCAUGUCCGCGCGCGUUUAUCGGCCGAAAUGACCUUGCCCGUGAAGCAAGUCGAUGUCUUCGAGGGGUUUGUUAUGGAGUUGGAACGCCUUUCGCUCCGUGCAUUUCAGAAUGCGCAGGGAGUAUGA